CACCCAAGGGGCCCUCGGUCCUUUAGUAGCUCCCUGGAUUUCCUUGCCAAGGGCCAGGUGCUGGACAGCCUGCAGACCGUGGUGGAGGAGGCAACUGAGCUCAUGGCCACCAUGAAGACAGAGUGCAGGGUGCCCCUGGUGAAGGUGCAGGACCCCGUGGAGGUGCCCAGGGUGGGGCGGCGGGCACGUGCCAGGCCCAGCCUCUGCAUCGGGCACCCCAACAACUACCCAUCCUGCUCCAGCUCCGCAUCCCCCUCCCAGAGCAGCUUCACAGCUGACUGGCUGGACUCCCACAGCCACCUGGGCGCCCACAGUUGGGGCUCACUGUCCCCCACGAGGGACAAACUCUUGCUGGAGAAGAACCUCAAACAACUGCUGUGUCUGGAGAACAGAGGGAAAGGCCUGGGUCAGCCCUGCUCCCAGAGGGACUCCCUGCUGUGGGACUCACUGGGCAGUCAGGCCAACAGCCAGUGGACUCCGGAGCAGCCGUCCUGGUUCUCAGGCCUCCUGGGCUCACGCUCCAACACGCCCCAAGUGUCAGAGCUGGGACCUGGAGAGCCAGAGCUGACCUUCCUCAAGAGAGAGUUCAACAAGGAGCUCAGGUCCUUGCUGAGGCGUCCAGCAUCCUUUGACCUGCCAAGCUACUGUUCGCUCCGGGAGCCCCACCAAACCCUGGACUUCCUGGCCGAUCCCCAUCUCUUCCCGGCCCUGCAGAGCGCAGUCAGCCAGGCUGUGGAUAAGCUCAGUGGCGCCUGCCGUGCGAAUGGCUGCCCUCUCUUCCCGGCCACCACAGAGGCUGACUCUGGACUCACGGGCUCCAAGCCCGCCACACCCACUGAGGGGGAAGAGCCCUGUGAUUGGCUUCCCAUCACAGCCUCCAGCCCUAAUAUGGGGCGCAGAAGGAGCAUCAGGUGCAGAGGGCGGGGCAAGCCCAAGGAAGGUGGUUCCCUGUCUAGUGUCCAAGUGGCCACCAGAUUCAGGCCCAAGAGCCCCAGUUACAAGUUCAUGAGGAGGAAGCCACUGCCCUCCAUCUCGUCCGAGUCCACCAUGUCCCACCUCUCCAGCCCCUGGUACAAGGAGCUCAUCAGCGGUUUGAUGGAGCAGGCUGUCUCCUUGCUCAUCUACAAGUACGGGUUUGAGAAGAACCUCACCAGGAACCUGGGCUUCAUUUCCUUCCCUGUCACUGAGACACUCAUGGACCUCUUCCUGGGCUUCAGGAAGCUGAAGGGCUCCCGCAUCUCCCUGUCCUCGGAGAUCAACUGGAGCUGCCUGCUGUGCAACCUGGAGGAGGCCGAGCAGGUCCACCGGGCCUCCUGCCAGGCGGUGCGGUCCAUGUUCCAGCUGAGCAACACCUCCCACCACGCCUCCCACCACAGCACCAUCUGUCACAGCCCGGAGUCCCUCUCCAUGCUGCCCCCAGCAGCCACCUGGGAGGAUCAAGCCAAGGCUGCAGAGCCCUGCCUCUCCUCUGAGUGGAGCAGGAGCCCACCAGCCCAGGGAAGUCCAAGCACCCUACGCUGCCCGUCACCAGCGCUGGCUCCAGUCCAUCUCAGGAAGCGCUGCACGCGGACGAGGCUGAGGAUGAGCCCCAGGGCCCUCCCAAGCCUCAAGUGGCAGCGAAGGUCGGCCACUCAACAGAUGUCGGCCACAGUGACCCCCCCCAGGAGGCACCCCACAAGUGGCACCGGGUGCUCAACUCCCUGCUGCUCCUCCCGCUCCAUCAGAUUGCUGCGCACUUGGCCCCUGCCCCAAGCAAAAGUCAGAAUGGCCUGAAUGCCCACGAGAUGCUCAGAUGCGCCUCUCAGGGGAGCCAAUGGGGGGAAUAAAGUUUGUGUUGAUGGA